CACAAAAAAGAAAAACAAAAGAAUAAAAAAUAAUUUAUAUAAUGAAAACAACAAGGGAAAAGAACAAGUGAAUCAUUUUUGUCUUUUGUUCGAGUUGGCAAAAGCAGGGUAUUCAAAAUAAGGUCUUAGUCACUCAACAGAUACUUUAAAAAAGAAAGAGGGCCAGGUAGAGCUUCACCAAGUAUACUGACUUCAAUUACCUGCUGUAUACUGCAGAUGAUGUUCUUCAAUUGCGUUAAAUGAUUGACAAUACCAGGAAGGCGAGUCAAAUCAUCAACAGAACGAAUGCCUCUGAAGCAAGCAAGCUGGACAAAGUCAUACUUUGUACUACUCGUUAUUGUCAUCUUGUACGUCUUGAUUGAACCGUCAUCAUCCAAGAGACCGCAUACAACAGGGGAAGGAACAUUGCUUGUGACCAAGCGGUCGAGUAUCAACUUUAAGAGAUUAUCAAGCUUGGCUUCAUCGUCUACAAGCCGAGUAAUUUUUGCAUUUGGGGGAAGGGUUUACUUCCGCUUCGAAUAGGUCAAACUCGAUGUCUGAUAGGACAGCCUUCAACAAAUAGUCAGGUUGAAGUGACAACCACGAACAAGAAGAAUGUUCAGCCCUUUUUCUUGACGACGAGCCUGCUGCUGCUGGUGUUGCUGUUGACGAUUCAGCCAAAGGAAGAAGCAACGUGGGUUCAGAAGGUAACCCUUCAAGACGUCUUCUAGCACUUCGAAAAUAUUAUUUCAAAUGCAAUAACACCAAGUGAACGUCUUGCUAGAAUCAAUCAGACGUAUAGUGUUGGUAUCUUAUGCUCUUCGAAGCAAUUAACUAUCUCACAUGAAAAUGAGAAAGAUUGCACAAACUCAAAACUCUGGAAAAAAAC